CAUUUUCUACCCGAAAGAAGACGAAAAACUCUAGAAGGACCUUCAAAGAUCAAACUUCAAAGCACGCCGUUUCUAAGGCACGUUGGAGUCGAUGGCAGUUGCACCCAGAUUUUCUCUCUGUGUGUAGAUUGUGACGAUGGAGCAUUCAUUAUGGGGAAAUCUACCAUUGUUGGUGAGAGCGAAUUCGAAGGAAUCGGUGGAGCUCAUACUCCAAACCCUAUGGAGAACUCGCAAAAUUGGACUUGAUUCAAACGAUCGCGAUGUCAUCCGUGAUAUGCUUCAACUUCAAAAUGAUGCCGACCUCGAUCCUCUUUUGGUAUGCCUACGCAUGUUGAUUCGUAGAUGUGUCUAUGAGAACAACAAUAAGGAUGAAAUACAGAAAUUGUUCCCUGAAGAAGUCUUGCCUGAGAUACAGAGAUUAUUGACACUUCUGCUACAAAAGUUCCAUAAGGAGUGGAGAGAAGAUAUAGCGAAAGAUCAGCUUCAGAGCAACACAGAGCCAAAUUCAGGAGAAACAGAUGUCAACUUUCAGUUGUCUAAAGAUAGACUAGAGACGAUGUUGAAGUCUAUGUAUUCUAUGAGUGAUCAACAAUGAAGGUACGAACCAAUCCAUGAGAUCACUGACGAAAGAUGGUAUCAUAAGCUAAAUAGGAUGCUCCAUAUGGUGGGUUAUUACUUGAAAGUUGAAACCGAUGAUGCAAUAUAUCCCUUAUUUUCAGAUUACAGGUUGGAUAAAAUGUGAAUAAUACAUAUGCCUCGAAAGUAUGUGUGGUGAUGAAGACCUGGAAAAGAAAAUUUGACUGUCAAUUUGAUGAAUUGAUUAAUACAAGAGGGUUGUUGGUCUUAAUGUAGCCAAAACUAACAAGGAAGUAAAAAAAAAAUCCAUUUGAUUGGUGAGAUUCAUAUGUAGCUAACACACCCGAGUUCAGAAAUUUUGCUAUGAG